AUGAUCACUUAUUUUCUAUUUAUUUUAAUAGCUUUGAUGCUAUACGACUUGAUCCGUCAAUGCUUUAUUCGCGACGAAUAUUUGAGUAGAAAAGGCAAAUUCGUGAUUGUGUCUGGCUGCGAUUCCGGAUUUGGUAAACAGUUGGCUAUCGAUCUGCUAAAAAAUGGCUCGAACGUUUUUGCCGGAUUUUAUACGGAAACGGGGAUGAAAUUAUUUGAAAAUGAGUGCCAAAAUCUUGAACCAUCAAGAGGGACCCUCUACUCUCUCAAGCUUGAUGUCACUAGUGAUAAAAGUGUUGAAGAGGCUUUAAAAUUUGUGAAAGAAAUUUUACGAAAAAAGAAUGCUCAUCUGUGGUGUCUUAUUAACAAUGCUGGUGUGUUCUCCGUUUAUGGGCCAGAUGAUUGGUGUGGAAUGAGCGAAUAUAUGUACUCAAUAAAUGUAAACACUUUGGGAGUUGUUCGAAUGUGCCACGCCUUUGUACCGCUGGUCAAAAAAUGUCGAGGACGAAUUGUCACAAUGGCGUCGUCGGCUGGCCGCCUUCACGGCCUCUAUCUGGCUCCAUACGCGACUUCAAAAUUUGCAGUUGAAGGGUAUAUGGAUUGUCUGCGUCUUGAGCUACAACCAUUCGGCGUUUCUGUGCAUAUAUUGGAGCCGGGCGCAUUCAAAACCGAAUUGCUCGAUUUGAACGCGAACCGCCAACGAAUCGAGGAGACAUGGAAUAAAACAUCGCUGGAAACGAAAUUUGAGUACGGAGAGGAUUACAAAAAUAAUUUUGAAAUUGCCUGGAAUAUUGGCAUCAAUUUAGUGGCAAACUCGAAUUUGAAUUGGGUCACUCAAUGCUACACUCAUGCGAUAUUUUCGAAAAAUCCAAAGUUGAGGUAUACUCCUGGAUGGGACGCGAUUCUUCUUUUUGUUCCUUUGAGCGUUUUUCCAGCCUCAAUUCAGGAUCGCAUUCUUUCAAUGCUCUAUUAUUUAGCACCUGGUCCGAAAAUGGUUCCUGCCGCUCUACACCGAAGAAAAUCGGCUCAUAAAUCUAGGAGCAACUCAACAUUUGAAUGCUCCUUAUGA